AUGGAAGUACCAGGGGGUUAUAAGCAUUUUGUUUGGAAUGCUUUGAAUAAUGUUCUACCCACAAAGAAUAACCUGCUCAAAAGAAAGGUGACUGAGGAUUCCUUGUGUCCGGUGUGUAAAAGAGAAGAGAAGGAUGUUAAGCAUGCCUUGUGGUGCUGUCUUGCGGUGGCUGAUGUGUGGGCUGAAGCUGAAAGUCCAGUGAGGAAGUGGAGGAAUCAGGUGCAGGAUUUCACUAGCUUGUGGAUGGAGUUGAUUAAAAGACUUUCUAAAGGUUGUUUGGAAAGAAUUGUUGCUAUCAUGAGGGGUAUUUGGGGAAGGAGGAAUGCUUUUGUUUUUGAAAAUGAGUUUGGUUGUCCCAGUAAAAUGGUGAGAUCUGCUUUGGUGUUCCUAGAGGAGUAUAAGGAGGCAACUCUCAGAAUGGAGGGAAGGCAUACUAGAAGUGAGGUGAGCAGGGAAGAUAAAAGAUGGAAGAGACCUGUGCCAAAUAAAUACAAGCUUAAUUUUGACGCUGCGAUUGAUUUGACGAACAGGAUGAUAGGCAUAGGAAUUGUAGUAAGGGACUGUAAUGGUGAGGUUAUGGUUGUUAUCUGCACCAGGAAAGAUCAUGUUUUUUCUCCCUUUAUUGUUGAGUGUCUAGCCUUAAAGAGAUUCAUAAAACUCUGCAAGGAGCUUGGGUUUUGGUCUGUCAUGAUGAAGGGGAAUGCAAAAGGGGUGAUAGAGGCAGUGCUAGCUGAGGAGAAACAUGAGUCUAAGAAUGGACAGCUGAUCGAGGAUACAAAGAGAUUGUUCGCACAAGGUCUUCAUUGGACUUUGGGUUUUAUACAUAGAGAAUGA